GCACAGUGUCAGACCUCAAGAUCGUUUGACCUUUGUAACAAACAUUUUUGUUAAACAUGGAAUUGACAGCAGAAAGUCACUCCAUUCCUCUAUCUGACGGAAACAACAUACCCUUGAUAGGACUGGGAACUUAUGCAAAUCCCCGCGAGACUCCUAAAGGAACUGCAUAUGAAUCUGUCAAAAUUGCGAUCGAAACGGGCUACAGACAUAUUGACGGAGCUUUGGUCUAUUACAAUGAACACGAAGUGGGGCAAGCAAUAAGAGACAAAAUAGCCGAUGGAACUGUGAAAAGAGAGGACAUCUUCUAUUGUGGAAAGUUGUGGAACACAUUUCAUCCACCCGAGCUAGUACGACCUACUUUAGAGAAAACCCUGACAACAUUACAGCUGGAUUAUGUUGACCUCUAUAUUAUAGAAUUGCCCAUGGCUUUCAAGCCAGGAGAUGUAUUUCACCCCAAAGAUGAGAGUGGGAAGUGGCUUUAUCAUGAAACGGACCUCUGUGCCACAUGGGAGGCUUUAGAAGCUUGUAAAGACGCUGGCCUUGUAAAAUCUCUUGGGGUUUCAAACUUCAACAAGCGACAACUAGAGCUAAUCCUUAACAAGCCGGGGCUGAAACACAAACCUGUGUCAAACCAGAAUGGCUUCUUGACAGCCACCCUUCCACUAAGACCAUUUCUGGUUGAAUGCCACCCCUAUUUCACCCAGCCAAAGUUGCUUGAAUACUGCCGGCAGAAUGGUAUCGUCAUUGUUGGUUACAGCCCGCUGGGAACAUCCAGAGAUCCAUCUUGGGUAAACCUAAAAUGCCCCCCAAUGCUGGAAGAUGAGCUGCUGGUAUCGAUUGCCAAAAAGUACAACAAGACCACGGCUCAGGUGUGUCUGCGGUUCAAUGUACAGAGAGGCGUGGUGGUCAUCCCAAAGAGCUUCAGCCCUGCUCGCAUAAAGGAAAACUUUGAGAUAUUCGAUUUCUCUCUCUCUGACGCUGAUAUGAAGGCAGUUGAAGGGUUGAACAAAAACAUCCGCUUUGUGGAGCUUCUCAUGUGGUCUGACCAUCCAGAGUAUCCAUUUCAUGAUGACUUUUAGACACCACAGACAGCAACACGUUGUUCGAGAGUGAUUAAAUUUUGCAUCUUUACUUUGCUAAAAAUAAUAUUUAAUUGCUAUUAGCUAAUUAAAAAAAACUUAAAUUUACAGCACACAAUAUAAUACACUUCCUCGGGUAAAGGGUUUCACUGCUGAGCCGUGCUGUGGGAAGAAUAAUGAAGGUCUGCUCUCACAGAUGUCUUUAGUUUUGUAAAAGUCUUACAGAUAAGUUUUGAGUGACAAAACAAACAAACUUGGGAUAGUAAAUGUUUGCAAACUACAGAAUAAAGAUAAGGUGUGGCUAAAUCAAAACAAGACUGUUAACUAAGUAUAGAACCAGAACCAACAGUUUCUCUGUUACUAUCAAUAACUCGCCGGUCUCCGUUUCUUCCUCUGUGAAAAGUUUGGGUGUCAUCCUCGACAGUACUCUAUCUUUCAAUUCACACAUUAAUAAUGUCACUCGGUCUGCAUAUUUUCAAUUGCGCAACAUUAAUCGUCUCCGUCCUUUUCUCACCCCACAUGCCACUGCCAUUCUUGUCCAUAGCCUUGUUACUUCCCGGAUUGAUUAUUGUAAUUCACUUCUUUUUGGUCUUACUCAAAAAUCCAUCCACAAGCUUCAACGCAUCCAGAAUUCUGCUGCCCGUAUCAUCACCAGGACCCCUUCUAUCCACCACAUCACUCCUGUUCUGCAGCAGCUUCAUUGGCUCCCGGUCAAAUAUCGUAUCAAUUUCAAAAUACUGUUGUACCCAUUUAAAGCUAUUCAUCAUCUCUCUCCUCCAUAUCUCUCUGAUCUGGUUAACAUCACCGCCCCAUCUCGUUGUCUCAGAUCUUCUUCUUCCCUUUCACUCUCCGUCCCCUCCCCCCGUCUUGUCACCAUGGGGAGCUUUUAUGCUUUUAUGAUUGUGUAAACUCUUUGCUUCUAUGUUGCUUUUUACUCUACUGUGUACAGUGACCUUGAGUGUUUUGA